AUGGGUGUUAAUUCAAGUAAAGAUUCAGAAGUUCAAUUCCAAGAAAUUAUUUCCAAAUUUUCAGAAGAAGAAAGAAAUAUUCUUUUACAAGAUUUUAACAAAUUUAUUCCAGAUGGUUCAAAUCAAAAACAAUUAGGUGUAUUAGUUUCAAAUGUUAAAAAUCACUUACCUUCUGUUAUCGAAGAAGAUCUUAAAGAUGGAUUUGUGUUCUAUUUUCAAAUUCAAUCAACAAUAACAUCUUUAGAAAAGAAAAAAGAAGUUUCUCAUGAAAAAUUAGAGAGAUUAAUACAAACUUCUUCGUCCUCUUCAAUGUUAAUAACUAAAAUUGGAUUUUUUUCAGCUCUUAAGAAUCUAAUUAAAUCCUUACCAGAUGAGCAAUCACAAGCAAUUUAUAUUGUAGGUAGAUUGAUGCAAAGUAAAUUAAGAAAAUUUAUACAACAACUAAAACAUCAAGAAUCAGAAGAAGAGAACAAAGAAGUAUUACAUAAUCUUAUCAAAGAAUCAGAUGUAGAAGGAUAUUUCAAUGAAGGAUCAUUAAUGGAUUGGUACACAUCCAGCACACAAUUUCAACAUUUAUUUAAUAUUUUGAUUAACAGAUUAUUCUUACAAAAAAUUAUAAAUUAUAAAUUAGCUGAUUUCAUUAACACACAAAGAAUCAAUAAUAAUUUAUCGCCUGAAAUAAACUCACCAUUCAAAUUUCCUAAAUUUUCUAAUUUAUUAACACCGAGUGAUUAUUAUAUUUUAAAUCAUAAUUUGCCAAUAGAUUGGUCAACAUUGAUUAUCAUCAAAGAUAAAGAUAAUUAUAUAUUUGGAGGUUUUGCUUAUGAUGAUUGGGAACAAAAUUCUAAAUUUUAUGGGACAGGAAGAAAUUUUCUAUUCACAAUUAAACCAAAAUUAAGAUGCUAUACUGCAUCAAGUUAUAAUGAGAAUUUUCAAUAUUUAAAUUUUGGAACAAAAACUUUACCCAAUGGAUUAGGAAUGGGUGGACAAUUUGGUUAUUGUGGAUUGUGGAUAAACGAAAAUUUUAUAAAUGGCCACUCAAAAGCAGAACCAUUAUCAUCAACGUACGCUAAUCCACAAUUAUCAAAAAAACAAGAAUUUAUAGUUGAGGAAAUUGAAGUUUGGUUGGUUAAACCUACUGAACGAGAUCUAGACGAGAUACCACCAGGAUCAAAACGUUCCAUAUUAGACAAAUCACCUGCUGAAUUGGAAUUAUUGGAGAUGGCAACUAAUAAGAAAUUCUAUUCUAAAGACGUUAGAGAGCCUGAUGUUUUAUAUUUUGAUGAUGAUAACAUUGUUGAUUAA